UUUUUUAUUUUCUAUUUUUCUCAUCACAAACAAAAAAAAAACAAUAAUCGUCAUCAUUAUCAAAUACCCUUUUCCUCUCUAGUCUUUAUCUUAUGUUUUCUUUGUUAUGAAGCCAAAAAAGCAAACACUACCUUCAAUUCAAUCUCAUCUUUACUUACACACCAACCACUUUCUUUGCUUCUUAUCAUUGUGGAGGAGGAAUUUGUGCUUCUUCUCUUUAUUGUGGAUUAGGAUUUAGAGAUUCCUUUUAUUUGCUAUAAAAAAUGUGAGGGAAUCAUUUUAGGAGAAUUUGGAAUAGAUUCUUAUCUCUUGGAUUGAAAAUUUGGAUGUUGCUGUUUGGUCUGAUGUUAUUCCAAUCCAUUUGGGAAACUAAUAGGUUUUAGUGUUGUUAUUAAGGGUUUAGGUGUGUAUUUUGAGAUUUAAAGAUGCAGCGUGUUAGAUUUUCGUCUCAACAAGCACCUGUUCAUAAGCUAGGUGAUCCUCAAAUGACACUAUCUCCUAAGUUUAGGUUAGCUGUGGUUGAAUCUAGUUUAACAAAUCCAUCACCAGAGUUAGAUAAUUCUCUAAGAGAAGAACCUUUAAUACCGGGUUUACCUGAUGAUGUUGCACUCAAUUGUCUACUUCGUCUACCGGUUCAGAGUCAUUCGUCUUGUAGGGCUGUAUGCAAGAGAUGGCAUAUGUUACUUGGUAAUAAAGAGAGGUUUUUUACUCAUAGGAAGCAAUUGGGUUUGAAAGAUCCUUGGCUUUUUGUAUUUGCAUACCAUAAGUGCACUGGGAAGAUUCAAUGGCAGGUUCUUGACUUAACUCACUUUUCGUGGCACACCAUCCCUACAAUGCCUUGUAAGGAUAAGGUUUGUCCUCAUGGUUUUAGGUGUGUUUCGAUUCCUCGUGAGGGUACUCUUUAUGUAUGUGGUGGCCUGGUCUCUGACGUUGAUUGUCCUCUUGACUUGGUUUUGAAAUAUGAGAUGACGAAAAAUCGAUGGACCGUGAUGAAUCGGAUGAUCAGUGCAAGGUCGUUUUUCGCCAGUGGAGUAAUUGAUGGGUUGGUUUAUGUAGCCGGUGGAAAUAGUACUGAUCUUUACGAGCUAGAUUCGGCUGAGGUAUUAGAUCCGAUUGGUGGGAAUUGGCGCGCUAUCGCCAACAUGGGAACUAAUAUGGCAUCCUAUGAUGCUGCAGUGCUUAAUGGGAAACUUCUUGUAACUGAAGGCUGGUUAUGGCCUUUUUAUGUCUCUCCGAGAGGACAGGUCUACGAUCCAAGAACCAAUAAUUGGGAAAAUAUGGCUGUUGGACUUAGAGAAGGAUGGACUGGUUCAAGUGUUGUUGUUUAUGGCAACUUAUUUGUUGUUUCUGAGCUCGAAAGAAUGAAGCUAAAGGUUUAUGACACGGAAACCGAUUCCUGGGAAGCCAUAGAAGGCCCCCCUUUGCCUGAGCAAAUAUGUAAACCUUUUGCAGUGAAUGCUUUCGAUUCUCAAAUUUAUGUCGUAGGUCGAAAUCUUCUGGUUGCUGUCGGUCAUAUCUCUAAACUGAAACUGAAAGAAAAUUGCAAAGGGAAAUGGAACUUUGGCGUUCAAUGGCACGUAAUCAACGCGCCCAAAAGUUUAUCUGAUCUGACUCCUUCAAGCUCUCAGGUGCUAUUUGCAUAGUUUUUUUUUUCAUUAUUCUGUAAUAUUAUGUUAUGAAUGUUUUUUAAAUAAUUUGUAAAUUAAAUAUAGUAGUUAUUAGAGGUCUUAAAGUUUGUAAUAGCUAUGUGAAGGUAAAUUUAAGCGGUUUUUGAGUUGCUGUGUUACUAUUAGAAGUAGUUGUUUGGGAAAUGUUAGUUGUACAUUGACAAUUAUCUUGAUGUUUUCUCCUUGAUCAAUGUUUCAAUGUAAUGAUUCUAACAUCAGAAAUUCUACA